GUAACAUUUUCAUGGCCACCUCUUUCUAGUUGCCUUUGCAACUCAUGCUUUUAACUACAAUAAACAUCUUCUUCAUGCUCACCUCAUCUACACCACUAGCCGAUUUCACCACCGAUCGAGAUGCUCUUCUCGCAUUCAAAAAAGCCAUUACUGUCGACACAAGUGGCGCGUUGAGCAAGAAAUGGCUCACCAACACUUCCAUCUGUGACUGGGCCGGCGUCUCGUGUGGAAUCAAACACCAAAGAGUCACGGGCCUCGAUCUCUCCAACUUCGGCCUCCAUGGAAUCCUCUCUCUACAUCUCGGAAACCUAACCUUUCUCCAAUACUUGGACGCCAGCUCCAACAACUUCACAGGCGUCUUACCUGCUGAGCUGUCUAAACUACGUCGUUUGAAGCUAGUAAACGCGACAUGUAACAACUUCAAUGGACAAAUACCGAGAGGCAUCCUUACAAACAUGACAACAUUGGAAUAUAUUGAUCUGAGGUUUAACAACCUAACAGGCGCUCUCCCAAGCAAUAUAUGCAAUAACACUCCGAAACUGAAGAGAUUAUCUCUCAUAAUGAAUCAAAUAUAUGGAAAAAUUCCAAGGAGUAUACACAAGUGCAGCAAUAUGGAGGAGUUGAGCUUGUCAACGAAUAUGUUCAACGGAAACAUACCAACCGAAGUUGGGAAUCUUACUAUGCUUACACUUCUAUCUAUAUAUGAUAAUGAUCUCCAAGGAAAUAUUCCAUCUUCUAUCUUCAACGUUUCGCGUUUGGAAUUCAUACACCUCGAUGGCAAUAAACUGUCUGGACGCAUACCCACGAAUUUGGAUAAUUUACUCAACCUCCAAGUGUUGUAUCUUAGCAACAACAACUUAUAUCUAAAAUACUACUCUUUUGGCGCCGAAUAAAAGCUCUAUGAUCGAUGUAUAAUUAAUUCAAUGGGGCUUUCACGUUGAUUUAACUAUUCUUGAUGUAUACUAUAACAGACUCACAUUCACAGGUGAAAUUCCAACCUCAAAAAUGUUUUUCAUGUUGGUGAUAUGAGCAUUCUAU